AGAAACUCUACGAAUUCCUCGUCAACGCCCCGCCUACAGCGCUAAGCGCUCGUUCUGAUUGCGUAGUGUACACACUUAAAUUUUGACAGACAUUCGUUCCCGAGCGCUGCUCCCAUCUUCAACGCCACCAGCACGAACUCCUCGCAUCUCGAGCAGUGCAUGCAUGGUAUCGCGUGCCGCUGAGCCAGAGCUCGAUGAGAAAGGGAAUGCCGAUCUCCGGGCCUGAACCCCGGGUUUUAUGCCUCGACCCUAACACUCUUUCCCGGCUGGCGGCGCCGUCAGACCCGGGUGAGUCCUCGGCCGUACUGCCAGUUCCAUCUCGACGUCGCCAUCCUUCUGAGCGCGAAGUGAACGCGGUGUUGACAGCGUGAGGUUGUCCGACGACGGGCCGCUUGGCAGAAAAGCCAGAGCGCAGACGGGUGUUGCCAGCCCACAGUUGCCGAGCCUAGGCGCAAGGUGUGUGUGCUGGGUUCGGCCGGUCUGGCAGGCUGCACCAGGGUCUGGGAUACACUUGACGUGGCUUUCUGUAUGAAGACGCCGGACGUAGGGGAGGUACCUAGAAUGGCGACUUUUCUGGUAGCAAUCCAAGUUCCUCGUCGUCGCUCUCCCCCUCGUCGUCGCUCUCCCCCUCGUCGUCGCUCUCCCCCUCGUCGUCGCUCUCCCCC